CUCCGGAUAGCAACGAAUGAAUGAUUCAUGCGCUGCACACGGGCAGCCUCUGCGUUUGGCCAAGCAAGUGACGCUGGAAGCCCCUGCACCCGUUAAGCCACAAAGACGGAGCGCACACAGCAGCUUCUCCAGCUCUGGGUGGUUGUAAAACAUACUGACAGUAACAUGGCCACAACCUUGUUUGGCAGUGUGUUCCUUCUGCUGGCUUUUAGGCUAGCUUUGACUUUUGGUCACAAUCCCAGGACACCAGACAGAGUUUCUGAAGCUGAUAUUCAAAGACUUCUCCAUGGGGUUAUGGAGCAACUGGGUAUUGCCAGACCUCGAGUUGAAUACCCUGCCCACCAAGCAAUGAAUCUGGUUGGUCCACAGAAUAUUGAAGGUGGUGCACAUGAAGGUCUGCAGCACUUGGGCCCAUAUGGAAAUAUUCCAAAUAUUGUUGCUGAGUUAACUGGUGACAACAUACCUAAAGAUUUCAGUGAAGAUCAGGGAUAUCCAGAUCCUCCAAAUCCUUGCCCAGCUGGAAAAAACAUUGAUGAUGGAUGUCUUGAAAACACACCUGACACAGCACAAUUCAGCAAAGAAUACCAGCUUCACCAACACCUGUUUGAUCCAGAACAUGACUAUCCCAACAUGGGCAAAUGGAAUAAGAAUUUACUAUUUGAGAAAAUGAAGGGUGGACCAAAAAGAAAGAAAAGGAGUGUGAAUCCGUACCUUCAAGGACAGCGACUGGACAAUGUUGUAGCAAAAAAAUCUGUUCCACACUUUUCAGAUGAAGACAAAGAGACUGAGUAAACACUAUAGAGGCUCCAUGUCGUUCUUAUAUAUAGUCACUGCUUUAAAUCCUUAUAUAGCUGCUGCAUGUUUAUUAGUUAUAUAAUUGCCACUGAAGAGCAGCUGCAUUUAUAACUUUUGUUCUUCUGAAUAAAUAGAAACCCAGUUCUGCUUUCUGUUAAGUCAUGGCAAUAAUUCCUUGUUAUUGUUUUUGCUUUAGACUCAGAACAAGCUUUAAGAAUUAAUCAUUUUAAUAUACAAUGUGAGUUUAAUGGCUUUAAGAAGAAGCAUGGAAAGAGGAACAUGAUUUUAACAUUUUCCAAUUCUUGUGCUUAUUCAAAUGAUGUAAUGUUUGACAUUUGCGAACAAUAGUUUCUCAUCAGGUUUUAUUCACAGGUAAUAGCCCAACUCACAAUAAAUGCUGAAAUUCUUGCAGUUUAUUUUAAUAAACACUGAAAGCAAUCUUCAGUAUUUGCAUGGAGAGGUAAGUGUGUUCCAGAAUAUUUAUGAGAAAACAGCUUGCAUACGUUACUAUAAGUGAAAUUUUAAAGUAGGAAGCUGUGAAUGGAGUCUACAGAGUGAAGCAUUGGUUACUGCUUUUAUCUGCUUUCAGAACUGAUACCUUAUUCAAAAACGUUGUUGGAGAUAACAAGUAUUAAAGCAUUAAGAAAAGUAUUAAAAA